AGAGGCGCCACACAAGCGCCAGACUCCUCAACUAAUCACCGUCCAGGGUUUCCGAACCAGCGACCCAGGGGGCUUGAAAGAACCUCCACCAGCGUCAGCUUAUCCCCAUCUCUCUCCACUAUCCUGCAAUACUUCAACCGCGAGGUAUCAUCAUCCUGCACGCUCUUUUAGUUGAUUUUCUCGGGGACGGUUUGCUAGCCAAGCCAUGGUCCUCAAAUCAGCAAUCGUUUUAUCCGACUGUGCAAAUCAUUGAGUUCCUCCCUCGCAGUAUGACAAGAAUAACGAAGUUAAACCAACUAGUCAUCUCCUCUAUCCAUCGACAUGACCAAUGCUGAAAUUGCACUUCGGAGAAACGGUUCCAAGCCGAAGGCCAAAGUUAAGACCGGAUGCCGGACCUGCAAGACACGGAAAGUGAAAUGCGACGAGUCCUUCCCCGUUUGUCAGAAGUGUCUCUCCACGGGCCGUAUAUGCGAUGGCUACGGUGUAUGGGGAGGCGGGGGAAAUCACUACGGACAUCGUCAAGUUUCCAAGAGCCCACAGGGCGUAUGUACCGCUCCUCCACCGGCUGGGAUGACAACCUUUGUUGCUAGCAUGGAUGAGAAGGCCCUAUUUGAUUGGUUUCGGCGUCGAACCCUCGUCAAGCUACCCGGUUCCUACUUUUCUGACCUUUGGACCCAAUUUAUCCUCCAAGUCAGCCACAACGAGCAGGCUGUCUGGCAUGCCAUUUUGGCUGUAAGUUGCACUCAUAGAGUGGGCUUUGUCGACAUCAGUUCCCGUCCGGCGGGCAAACUAGAGCACUACACGAUGCAGCAUUUGAGCAAAGCUGUCCAACAUCUCCAUCCACACUUCCGUGCGAGGGAUAAAACUUCUUUGGCCGUGGUGCUUAUUGCGUGUAUCGUGCUUAUAACUCUUGAUCUACUCCGCGGGCAUUUCGCCUCAGCGCAGGUCCAUCUUCGUAACGGACUAAAUAUCAUGGCAGAGACCCAGGGCAGCUUUCAUAGUAAAGCAUGCAACUCAAACUAUGCCCCAAUACUGUCAAAUGGCUCUCUAGACAGUUCAAUAGUCGAGGCCUUCCUCCGUCUCAAUAUUCAAGUAGAGCUUCUCCAACGCCCGGAUCGACCACGUCCUUGUCUUCUGGCACCCCAUUCACACCCAGCUCUUCAUUCAACGCCUCGGUUCUCCUCAUACAUAGCCGUUUGGCGCAGUCUAGGCCGUCUGAUCAACGACGUUUUCCACCUCUCUGCACACGCUCACCAACAACCAACUAAUAAGGACGACCUCGACCUCCACCAAACGCACCUCAAACAAGCUUUAAAGGACUGGCUCAGAGCAUACAACGGCUCCCUCCCAGCCCUCGAGCUUUUCAUCCCCCACUCCAUCACAAACGGGAAGACCAGGGUCCACCACCUAGUCAUGAGCUAUCACAUAAUGCUCACUGUAAUGACGGAAACAAGCAUCUACCGCAGUAACGAAAUGAUAUUCGAUAGCCACAUCCACCACUUCACCGAACUAAUCAACCAUUUGUCCACAACCUACGAACUCUGUCUCGAAUACCUAAAAGCGACCCCAAACUUCUCUACCGCCGUUCAGCACCGCAUAGAGGGGAACCCUGCGCCGAUACAGAGCUGCGACAUGGCCCACACAAUCAUCGAUCUCGGCUGGUUCAUCCCACUCUUCUACGUUGCUGUUAAGUGUCGCAAUCGGGAUAUCCGGCACCAGGCAGUGCGGUUCCUCGAAUCGACAACCCACCGCGAGGGGUUCUGGGAUGGGAAGAUAACUGCGUGCAUCGCGAAACGCGUGGUGGAGAUCGAGGAAGGGGAUUUUUAUAAUGACUUUGGCGGCAUUGACCAUUCUUCAUCGAUGAACUCGGUAGGGCCGGGUCUGACGCUACCGGAGUCAAGUCGUAUUCGAGAUCUCGAAGUGCGAAUGGCAGGAAAUCCAUUAGAGAAAGUUUUUUUAUACGGAUUGUUUGAGGGCAUAAGCGAUAUUAGGGUCUGCAUUGGGGAAUAUCGUGUUUUGGAGCAGCGAUGGGUAUAAGUGCCCGGUGUAUCAAGUGGGUUGGGAUGUGUUCAUUCAAGUAUGCGAGGUCAGAUGUUGAUGUUACAUUUAGUCGUCUCACUACGGGGAAUAAG